UUUAAUUUAAAGCGGAAACUCCGUGUCGUAAUCAGUCACAUGAUAGUUGUCCUGCUGAAGCAGUAAAUAUCAGGCGAGCUUAUAGACCCAGGUUAUCCAGCAACUCCCUGUUCCAGCACAUUAGACAAUGUUUUAUUAUUCGUAAUUAGUUACCAGUCCAACGUCUGGUGGUGUGGCGUGUUUCGUUUAGGGAUGAACCAACAGCCCUGGCCGUCACUGUAAAAGAGGCUCGCCCACUUCAUCAAAUCUCAGCUAGCUUUACGGGUUAGCCUAAAGCUAGCAGGCUGAGUUAACGUCAGGAGGACUUCGUUGCUGGUGACUAUGCAAGGGGAAACUGCGGCGAUACGAAUCACGGAAAGCGAGGGCAAGCUGGAUGUAUUUCCCCAGAACAGGACCCCGAGCUCGGGGAGAGCAAGUGCUAAAAGUUGGCAGUACAGUGAUCACAUGGAGAAUAUUGAUGGCUACUUGAUGAAAUACACCAACCUGGUGACAGGCUGGCAGUACAGGUUCUUUGUCUUAAACAAUGAGGCGGGCUUUCUGGAGUAUUUUGUCAACGAGCAGUCACGUCCACAGAAGCCCCGUGGCACGCUUCCUCUGGCUGGUGCCGUCAUUUCUCCCAGUGAUGAAGACUCGCAUACCUUCACAGUAAACGCCAUCAGCGGGGAGCAGUACAAGCUCAGGGCCACUGAUGCCAAAGAGAGGCAGCACUGGGUCAGCAGACUGCAGAUCUGCACACAACACCACACAGAGGCCAUGGGAAAGAGUAAUCCCCCUCCCAAAUCCCGUAGCUACUCCAUGGUGUCUCAAGGCAGCGGCAGCUCACCCAUGUCCCUGCGCCGGCCCAGCCAAAACCCACCCCCUUUGUUCGGCUGGCAGCAGGGCCACAAGGGCUCGUCACUCUACUCCAGCAAGAGGUCACUGCUGCCAGACCACCUGAUGGACGCAAGAGAGAUGAUGAGUCAGGCCCAGGGUCAGCACAGAGACCUGAUCCAGAGUAUUGAGGGCCUGCCAGCAGCCCCUGGCCUCUCCCCUCUAGACCAGGAUCUGCUGAUGCUCAAGGCUACCUCCAUGGCCACCAUGAACUGCCUCAACGAGUGCCUGCACAUUUUGCACCUGCAGCAGGUUGCCAGACACAGGAGCUCCCUGGAAGCAGGACCCACCAUCGAGUGGUUGGAGCCCAAACUGCCCGACAUCCUGAAGAACGGCAGCAGCUCUCUGGGCAGCUUCACGACGGGGGAGGGCCCGCUGGAGGGGAGCUGCCUGGAGCUCAGCACCCCUGAGACCUGCAGCUUCUCUGGGGAACAGGAGGACAUAAGCGCAGAUGAUGAGGAGGAGGACUCCUUUACAGACAAGGAGGAGGACCUGGGCGCCGUAGAGGAGGAGCGCAGCGUCAUCCUACACCUGCUGUCACAGCUAAAGCUGGGCAUGGACCUCACACGGGUCGUCCUUCCCACUUUCAUCCUAGAAAAGCGCUCUCUGCUGGAGAUGUACGCCGACUUCAUAUCCCAUCCGGACCUCUUUGUCACCAUCACCGACGGCAGCAGCCCGGAGGACCGCAUGGUCCGGUUUGUUGAGUACUACCUCACCUCCUUCCAUGAGGGCCGCAAGGGCGCCAUUGCCAAGAAGCCCUACAACCCUAUCAUCGGUGAGACCUUCCACUGCUCCUGGAAGGUACCCAGGAGACCGGAUGCCUCCAAGGAGCCCUCACAGGGAAGCCCAGAGCCUGCUGCAGCCUCCCAGGAACCCUACCAAGUGCGGUUUGUGGCAGAGCAGGUGUCCCAUCAUCCCCCUGUGUCUGGCUUCUAUGCGGAGUGCCAGGAGAGGAGGAUGUGUGUGAACACACAUGUGUGGACCAAGAGCAAGUUUAUGGGGAUGUCUAUUGGAGUAUCCAUGAUAGGAGAAGGUUGUCUGCAUUUGCUGGAGCAUGACGAAGAGUACACCUUUACGCUGCCCUGUGCCUACGCGCGCUCCAUCCUCACCGUUCCCUGGGUAGAACUGGGUGGCAAAGUCAACAUCAGCUGCGCUAAAUCCGGCUACUCAGCAGUCAUCACUUUCCAGACGAAACCCUUUUACGGCGGCAAAUUACACAAAGUCACAGCAGAGGUGAAGCACAACGCCACCAACGCAGUGGUGUGCCGUGUGCAAGGCGAGUGGAACGGCGUGUUGGAGUUCAGCUACACCAGCGGAGAGACGAGGGUGGUCGACGUCACUAAGCUGCCUGUGACGAGGAAGCUUGUUAGGCCCGUUGAGAGGCAGGGACCCACUGAAUCCAGGCGCUUGUGGCAGCAUGUGUCUGAGGCCUUAAGGCAGAAAGAUAUUGAAAAAGCCACCGAGCACAAGAGGAUCCUAGAGGAGAGGCAGCGGACCGAGGAGAGGCACCGCGCUGAGACAGAAACACCGUGGAGGACCAGAUAUUUUGACAGAGAGGGUGAAGGUUGGGUUUAUCACAAGCCACUUUGGAAAAACUCUGCAUUCAAAUCCUAGUUUCUUCAGUCUUAUUCUUGGAUGUCGUAGAGUCAGGAAAGAGUGUGUGCGAGUGUGUGUCUCGGCACACACACACGCAUGAGGUCGGCAGUAAUGAUAUGAAAGCAUGGCCUGCACUGAAUGCAACAUGGGGAGAGGAGGGACGGAGUGUCUGAAGGCGUUCUCACUCAUGAUGCUCACAAAGCCUCCAAGUUUUUGAACUGCUGAUUUAGUUUUUUUGUACACAUAUAUAUCUAUAAUCCAGUGUCAGUGAAAACAUUCUUGUACAGGUAAUGGUACUCACAGCCUUAAGACAGUCUAAAGAAUGAUGCAACGAGUUCUGGCUUUGCUGAUCAACCCGGGUAAACUUAUUUACUUUUACUUCUCUUUUUUUUUUAAGCUGUGGUCUUACAGGAAGGUGACGUGACUUAAAUCACUGCAGUGCUGCCUGAAAAAGUUCAUGCUGUGAGACUGUUUUAAGAUGUGUUUUUCACUCUAAUUCACCAGGUAUUUUGAUUUUGGGUAAUACUUUGGGAAGAUUCGGAUGCUUUCUGUGGCUUAAUUCUGGAAAUAUUGUUUGAGGGGUGCUCCAGUGUUGGAGUGCUUGGUUUAAAGGGGAAUGCUCUUAAGAUUUAGAGAAACAAAAACACCGGAGCUUCUGAUUCCUGCAAUGAUGACUGCAUGUUAAGGUUUAAAAAAUAAUUAUUGGGUUCAAAACGUCCUUCAAAGAAUACUUAAAAUUUUCCUGAAACCAGAUAUAUAAAGACAUAAAUUUGCAUUGGGAAAAGAAAAUUUAAAAAAUGUUUGUCUUGUGAUAAAGACAUACUUUCAAAUGCAGAUUUUUAUUUUAUUUUUUUUGCUAUUUUUCUAAAAUAUUCUCAAUUUCAUUUACAAAUUUUCUUUUACCCUUUAGUUUUUUCUAUAAAACAUACAAUACAGCAUUACUAAAUUGCAUUUUUGUAAUUUAAUGUCAAAAUUCCUUUUUUUUCCUCCCCAUACAGUUUAUUUUUUUCUCUACAGUGACCUUAAUAUGUUGUCAUACAUGUCAGAAAUUACUCAUUUUUGCCACAUUAUUUUGUCUAAAGUGAAAGAAUUUCUUUUUUAGAGCCACAAAACACUUAAAAGCCAUUUAUUAAGCAGCUCAUAAACAUGUAAUGGAUGUUUUUAAUACACAAUAAUUGUGCACUAAUAGAUCAUAGCUGAAAUACACUUUAAAUUUAGUAAUUAUAUCCAUGUUAGUCUAUGAAUCAUUAUUAUGUUUGUGCUCUGCUUAUAAAUGAUCGGUUUGUGUUUAAAAUGAAUUAUUUUACCCUUCAGCCAGGCAGUAUUGUCACAUGUUUAAUAAUCAGCAUUUUUCUUCAUUUAUCUGAUUAUUAAAUAUUGUUGAUGAAAGUAAUUCAGCUCUAACAUGCUUUUAAUUAUAUUAUUGUGUCGAACUGCUGGAAAGUCACAUAAGACUCACUAACAUAAACGUAAGUAAAUGCAAAUGAUUGAGUUGCGUGAAUGCAUCUAAAGAUUUAGGGUUUUGACCUUCAUGCAUGACGGCUAACUCUUUUCAUUCUUUUUGAUUGCACUGAGUAGAAACUCCCGUUUGCUUUACUUAUGUUUCUAAAUGUCUGCUGUUCAAGCUUUUAACCAAAUUUGCUUUUUUUUGUGUGUGUAAUGCAAAUAAAUAUUUCUCUGAAGGCUUGUUAAUCUCCCAGUCCUGCUCUUUAAUUGCUCUUGUUUUAGAGCGGCUUUUUUUUUUUUUUUUUUUUUUUUUUUUUUUUUUUUUUUGUACAGAGACUCUUGUUUCAUCAGUGUUUCUUUGAAGGUCAGUAUACUGUGAUGUUUGGCUUUUAAUCCAUCUUCAGAGUGAAUUUUAGCCUCACGUUUUCAAAGCGCCCCCAGUAUCACGUCAGAAACGGUUCAUUCCACCCUGCCAUUGAUAAGCUAUUCCCUCCCAGUCUCGGUGCCUUAUGCAACUCUUUCUGUGCAUGUCUUCCCGUUGAGGGGGCAUGACAUUUUAAUCAGUUAUUUUUCUGAACGAUGCAAUGUUGUAUGUAUUGUUUUGGUGUGUUUGAUUUCUCUUUUUUUUUUUUUUUUUUUUUUUUUUUUAAAGAAUCUGUGCUCGAUGUUGAGAGAAGUCGACCGAGCACCGUUGACGUAGGUUUUACAUCCUCCUGGUUUUUCAGUCUGGUUGUCUUGCUGACCUAUGAAAUGCACUGACAUUAAAGGAGACCUGAUCUUGUAGAAAAAUGAUGUGUGACAAUAACCGAAUAAAAUUGCAAAUCAGUUGUAAA